CAGCCGCAACUGUUGUCCUGGGAUACACAAAAGGAUUUGCAGACGCCCGGGAGUAAAUACGCCAGCAUUCUGCGGCGGAAACGUAACCAAACUGCACAGCACGGCAGCUGAAAUUGAUUGAAAGAACAACAAAAACGGAAAGGUGGUUGAGCAACUGAGAGGACGAGAAAUCCUGUUUGUAACGAGAAAUCCUGCGAAAUCAAGGCAAACGUUUGAUGUUCAGCCGCGCGAAGACGCCGACGUGGCAGCCAAACAACCGAAAAAGAGCAAGCAAAAUACCUUGAAAACUCACUACCCACUCCAUCGCUCAACUUCAAGGACCCAUUCAAAUAAGGGGCCACCACCAUGUCACAAACCCAACUGGAAUCCGCCAACGACAGUGUCGAUGCCCCGGCGGAAUCCUUUAACAACGAUGAACCUCGUGUGGUCUGGCUAAAGACGAUUAUUUCCAAUCUUUUGGGAGUGUUCGAACCCAAGUAUGUGAAUGCCACGAUCAACAAAAAUAUGCCAGCCGUGGAUGCCUUUUUCCAGAAACGCUACGAGUCCCAAGACGAUCUGGACUAUGUUGUAUUGUUCGUGUGGCGCACCUUCUACGACAAGCUCAUCGAGGAGGAGAUCACAGUCCUUGAGGAAGUGCCUCGCCCACCGCCCACUGUUCCCGACAAAAAGGGCAAGGGCAAGAAAAAGGGCGAUGCCCGAAUGGCGGGCGGUAAAUCGGCAGGCAAAGCCGGUGCAUCAGCUGCAGGAGCAGCCGGAAAGGGACGCAAGAAAGCUGGUCAGGAGUCGGCGGCACCAGCCGCUGGUGGAGAUCAGGAGCACGGGGAGGAAAUCAACACGGGCGGAGAAACCACAGAUGCCGAGGUCGAGGGGGAAUUGGAGGGCGAGGAGGAGGCAACGGUGGCCGGAAGUGGCAAGAGCUCAGCUCGAUCCCGACCCAGCUCUGAUACGGAAAAUGGAAGCAAAAAGAAGAAGAAGCCCAGCUAUGUGCCCGUCUACGUGGAAGUGAAGAAACUGGUGCCGGCGUAUGUCAAGACCCCACAGCUGCACUGCCACUUCGGGAAGAUGGAGUCCGAGGACCUGGACCCGAAAAUCAAGUACAUAUACAUUGUGCGGAAGAACAGGAGGGAGAUACCCUGGUUCAGUGAGGUAUCGGCUUGCUUCGCCCAAAUGCCGCUGUACUUCCUGAUAGGCACCGUUCGAGGGUCACUCAUCAACUCGCUGAGAGAUGACUUGAACCUGGUUUACAAGAGCGCCAUUCAAUUUCAAUUUCGCGAACCGGCCACAGCGGAUAGCCAGCAAAUGGACAGUUAUGAGGGGCAGGCCGGUGGAGGAUCUGGAGGACGAGAAGGAGGCGGCGGAGGAGGAGGAGGAGCAGGCGAUGCCGGCGAGGAUAUAUCCAGCGAGGCCAAGGAAUCGGGGCCGGGUCUAUUGGAGCUAUCCAAACCAUCGGAAUUUCGUUUGAGAGCGCUUAAACAACAAAAGAAGAAAAAGGAGAUGGAGGCGGCGGCCAAAAAGGCGAAGGCCAAGAAGCCGGGCGCAGAGCCCACCGAGGAAGAUGAGGAGAGCGAUGCCCACAAAAUCGACACGCACAUUUCGUCCUCCGAGGAAGAAGUGGUCGAAAAGGUUGAGAAGCUGACGAUAGCCCAGCGUUGGGAAAAGAUGCUCAGCGAGACGAAGGCCAAAGUAGAGGCUGAACACGCGGCCGAGGAGGCCACUCCGCCACGAAUCACGCCCAUCCAGAGGCGGCUGCUCAAGGAGAUCGAGGAGUUCCAGAGUGAAAUCACCUGGACCAUCAAUCACAUUGUCUGGGCCUUUAGUCUGCCCUCGUCGUAUAUACUUCCGGGUCAGGAGGAGACCGAGUUCGAGGACGCCAUCAUUCGGGUGCCCGUGGAUCCCAAAAGAUUAGACCUAGUGAUCACCUACACUCAGCAGCAACUGGAGGAGGUAGUCGACGGUUGGAUAAAGUAUCUGAAGAAAACGAUGAAGACGCUGACCGAUGCCAAACUGGACGAUUUUACUCCGAUGGCAGAACACCGCUAUUGGCACAAAAUGGAGGUGGAGCUUUACGGAACUUUGGAGCAGUUAAAGACAGAGUUUGUGGUAGCUGUGCUACAGCGCCUAACUGAUGAUAACUCCCCAGUUUUGGCCGAGUGGCAAAAGGUUCUUGAAAUGACAGAGGCUCGCUUCAAACUGGCCAAGGAAAAUUCUGACUAUUUAGGAACCAUCAUUGAUUAUUUAGAGAAAGUGCGCAGCUAUGAGAGCUUCAAGAUGGUGGUGCUCCAGAUCCCCAACAUAAUGGUUGGGCUGCGACACAUCUGGACCAUGUCCAGCCACUAUUGCCGGGAUCCCGAGAUGCAGGUCUUGCUCUGCCAGAUCUCGAAUGUGUUCGUCCAGAAGGUGAAGAGCAUCAUCAACUUUGAGAACAUCUUCAAGUAUUCUGCGACCUACACCUAUGAAACCGCCACCAACUGUGCCAAUUUGCUGCGCUGCUGGAAGCAGGCCUACAAGCUCAGUCGCCAGCACAUCGAGGAUUCCGGGGCCGGAUCCCGCUGGGAAUUCGACCGAGUUGCGCUCUUCAACGAGGUGAAUCACAUCCACCGUGUGGCCGUGGACAUUGCCUAUGUGGGACGUGUUUUCGUUCAGUACGAGAACCUUUUCGGCCAUCGUUUAAAGGCCUGCAUCGCGGAUCCCUCGAUUGUGGACAACCUGAUGCGCAAGGUGUAUCGCAUGCUGGACGAUCUGAUCAAGAGUGUGGACUACGACAUGUUCAGGCCGGGAAAUUGGGAGAACUGGGAGUACUCGCUGGAGAUGUUCAACAAGCGGCUGGACAACGUGGAGAACGAGGCCAAGAACGUGAUCGACCAGAGCAUCAAUUCACUGCUGUCCUCUGAAAAGGGUUUGGACCUGGUCAUCAAUGCCAUGAACAUAGACACAAGAGCUGGUCUCCAGGAAUUUGUGGCCACCAAGCACGAGAAUUUGCUGCGAUUCUUCGUGACAGAGAUAAAUGCGGUAGAAAGGGUUUUUACGAAAUUGAAAAAAUCCCCGCCCAUGGCCAAGCAUCAACCGGCCAAAAUAAGUGCCAUCUUUUGGGCCCGCUUGCUCGGAAAGAAACUGAAGACUUCAGUCCUGGCAUUCAAGAAGGUCGAGGAUGAGCCGGCGAUCAAGAACAGUUUUCUAAAGCGCAGCUCCUUUAAGCAGUACUUUGAGCUGAUGACGGUGAUGUUCCAGUUUGAAAAGGUGCUCUUUGAGAACUUCAUACAGAACGCCACAUAUUUGGUUAACACCACGAACCGUUCCAACGUAUUGAGAAUUCGCAUCUGCAAGGAGACUACAAUGUCCUAUAUAUCGGAAGCCGUCCAAACCCUGAAGGCAAAGCCUCGGGCCGAUUUGCAGAUGAGCAGUUCUCGGCGUAUUACUCCAGUUAAAUCUAGUUUAAUGCCGGUUCAAUCGGAAGCGUUUAGCACCUAUAGCGUUGCCGAUUCGGCGGGAUCGGAACCGAGUUCGGAGUCGGAGGAUGAGGGCUUGUUGGUGGGCGACACCUCGCAGAAGAAGCUGAUGUGCCGCAUCAACCGACUGACCGUCCUGGUGGCGAUGAUCAUGUGGAUGGUCAGUAAUACGCGAAAGGCCAAUAUACAACUAAUGGAGUGCACAGCCUUCAUCAAAAUGGUCAAGGAUAAGAAGCCAAAAGAUGUAACAGCGAUGGAUAAACAUUGUGUGAGGACCUGCGAAUUGCUGCAACGAGCGGAGUCCCAGUACCUGCUGCCCAUUUGGCGUGAACUGGUGGCGGACAAAACCCUCAUCGAGUACGACAUGGACUUUGUGGUCAAUCUAAAGCGCGAUGUCUUCGAUGUCCUGUUCGAGGCUCAGCAGUUUGAGCAUCUGGGCUUCACUUUGCCAGCGGUUUUGCGAACGGCGAUCAUGAAGAAAGAUCUGCUGUUCAAGGACUAUGAGAGGAUGACCGAGGUGGUCGACAAGUACAGGGCGAUCAUUAAUAACCUUUCCAUGUCCGAGGUGAUCUUCCUGCGCGGCCACAUCUACGACACGGAACUCUUUAUUCAAAUGGGCGUGGGACGAUAUACCUGGACCUCUUUCAAUAUUGGCAAAUUCUGCGAUCAAAUCAACUCACAGUUGCGCAAACUUACCUCUAUAGUGUCGCAAAUCAAUUUUAUUCGCCUGGAUUUGCGCUCUCGCAUCGACAUGAUAAAGAGCUUUAAUUUGUUCAACCUGGAUGAUGAACUCAAAAGCGAAAGGAAAUCUACGUCCUCCGAUAGUCAGCGAUCAUCGAGUGCGCAGGAUCGAAAGAACAUGUCGCAAAAGUUUAAAUCGGUCACUGGUGAAACUAUAACUAUGUUCACGAUGGAAAAAGAGGUUCCCGCGGAGGAGAAAGCUGAGCAAGCCUGUGGCUCCGGCAUUUAUCCUUGUCAGGGGUAUUUUGAACUUCUGGAGGCGUCGCGCAAUCGAAAGGCGGCGCAGAUGAAGAAGCUUUAUGAUUCUCUGGGUCCCGUGCUCGUCAAGCUGGAGAGUUUGGUGCUAGGCACAUUCUCGGGCAGGUCAGAUCGGAUGAAAACCUACUACGAGUACUGGGAAGAGGAAACCUUCAAGUGCAUUGUGGACAUGACCUAUCAGAAUCUGAAGUGCUAUAUCAACCGUCUACUCUCAAACAAACCCAUGUUUGAGGUCAAUGCUGUGCUCCUCAUGUCGGAAAUAGUUUUGGAGCCCUCUGUUCAGGAGCUGCAAAACACUAUUGUGACGGCCACCAAGGACUAUAUCUCUAGGCUCAGGAUCUUUACGCGUUGGAUGAAUGGAACCUGUAUCGCCUGUCCGCUAGUUGAGAUGGGUAAACAGUUCAAGUACAAUUACACCUACUACGAAGACAUCAUCCAGAUUAGAUCCAUUGUGGAUCUGGUCAUCAACAUACACGAUUUGGCUGUUCGAGUUGCUGGCGAAGCCAGGACCUUUGUGUCCCAAUUCCGCAAGUACUUCAAUCUGUGGGCCUUUGAGAAGAGCAUCAUCUGCCAGAAGUUCUUGGAGAAGCAGGUGACGCUCAUCGAAAUCGAUGAGAAAUUUACAUUUUACUCGUCCAUUGUGGAAACGCUGGCCAACACCCGCAAGUACCAGGACAUCAAGUGUGUGCGCAUAAAUUUGCAGCCAUUGCUGGAGAGCAUAACGCAACAUGCCAAGGAUUGGUGCACCACACUGGGCGAGGAGCUGUUGCGCCAUGUCAACGACAACAUGAGGGCAAUGCGGAACGAAAUCAAAAACCUCAGCCUAAAUCUCAACAAAACCACACGCGAGCUGGAGGACUUCAAGCUGGUCAUGACCACAAUUGGUACGGUGCAGUCGACGACGUUGUCUAACGAGCAGAAAAUCCACGAAAUGCAGGAGACCUUCACCAUCCUCAGCGAGCAUAAAAUUAUGUUCCCCUACGAGGACAUGCUGAUGGCCCAUCACCUGGAGAAGCGCUGGAAGAGGCUGUUCCUAUCGGCCCUGUAUCGCUAUGAGAAGCUGCAACCAAUUAAGCAGAAAUUCGCCGACAUGACUUCCGUCGAAAUCGAUGAGUUCUGCGAUGAUUUGGGCGAGUUUAUCAAGGAUUACGAUGAGAAUGGACCCGGCUCUGUGGGUGCCGAACUGGAGCGAGGAGUGCGCCUAAUGGAUCCGUAUGGCCAGAAGAUUGCCGAACGGGAAGCAAGACGCGAGGAGUUGGCCAAUGCCGAGCGACUCUUCGACAUGGCCAUGGUGGAUUAUCACGAAUUUGCGCGAGUGCAAACCGAGUUUGAGGGACUGCAGCAGCUCUACAGACUUUAUAAGGCGCAGAAAUUCGCUCGCGAGGGCUGGGGCAAGACCUUGUGGGCCGAUCUGGAUCCCAACGUGCUGACCGAGGGCGUUGAGAGCUAUCUGAAGGAGUUCCGGAAAUUGACCAAGGCGGUGCGCACCCUGCCAGUUGGCGUCCAACUGGAGAUCCACAUGAAGCAGUUCAAGGGCACCGUACCGCUGAUGGUCAGCCUCAAGCACGAGGCCCUCAGGGAGCGACAUUGGCUGCAGCUGAUGGAGAAGACGGGCCAGUACUUCGACAUGUCGCCGGCUCGCUUCACCCUGGAGAACAUGUUCGCCAUGCAGCUGCACAAGUACCAGGAUAUCGCCGAGCAGAUCCUCACCAAUGCCAUCAAGGAGCUGCAAAUCGAGCGGGGUGUCCAGGCUGUCAUCGAGACCUGGGCCACGAUGGCCUUCAAGACCUUCAAGCACUACAAGGGAUCCGAGGAUCGGGGCUGGGUGCUCGGACCCGUGGAUGAAAUCAUGCAGAUACUCGAGGACAAUGCCAUGAAUCUGCAGUCGAUGGGAGCCAGUCAGUUCAUUGGCCCGUUCCUGGAGACAGUGAACAAGUGGGAGCGCACCUUGGCCCUCAUCUCGGAGAUCAUCGACGAGUGGCUGGUGGUGCAGAGGAAGUGGCUCUACCUGGAGGGCAUAUUCAUUGGUGGCGACAUUCGCACCCAGUUGCCGGAGGAGGCGCGGAAAUUCGAUGACAUUGACAAGUCGUAUCGCAGAAUCAUGGUCGAUUGUGCCAAAAAUCCGUUAGUGGUGCCAUUCUGUACAAUACCCGGUCGCUUAGUGGAUAUACAGGGCCUGGGCAUUGGCUUGGAAAAUUGUCAGAAGUCGUUAAACGAAUAUUUGGACUCGAAGCGUCGCAUUUUUCCGCGUUUCUAUUUCAUAUCCACCGAUGAGCUGCUCUCCAUCCUGGGCAGCAGUGAGCCAUCUGCAGUGCAGAACCACAUCAUUAAGAUGUACGACAAUAUCAAGUCGCUGCGUUUGGUGAAGGAGGGAAGCCAGACGAUUGUUACCGGCAUGAUUUCCAGCGAGGGCGAGGUCAUGGAGUUCCGGCAUUCCGCGAGGGCCGCAGGACGCGUGGAGUACUGGAUGAACGAUGUCCUGGAUGAAAUGCGCCGCUCCAACCGCUUCAUAAACAAGACGGCCAUCUACGACUUUGGCACAGAUCUGCAAAUUUCAAGGCCCGACUGGCUAAUGAACUACCAGGGCAUGGUGGGCUUGGCCGCCAGUCAAGUCUGGUGGACAGCCGAGGUGGAGGAGGCCUUUGACCAGGCCCAAAAUCACGGCAACAUGCGGGCAAUGAAGGAUUUCCUGGGCAAGAACAACUACCAGAUCGAGGAGCUCGUCCUGAAGGUGCGUUCGAAUCUCUCGCGGAAUGAUCGUCUGAAGUUUAAGGCCCAGUGCACCGUGGAUGUUCAUGCGAGGGAUAUCAUUGAUAACUUUGUGAGGGACAAUGUCCUGGAUGCCAGCGAAUUUAGUUGGGAGAGCCAGCUGCGCUUCUAUUGGGUCAAGUUCUACGACAAUCUGCAUGUCCUUCAGUGCUCCGGAAGCUUUGACUUUGGCUACGAGUAUAUGGGUCUCAAUGGCCGCCUGGUUAUCACUCCGCUCACGGAUCGCAUCUACCUGACCAUCACCCAGGCGCUGCUCAUGAAUCUUGGCGGUGCUCCGGCCGGACCAGCUGGAACGGGCAAGACGGAGACGGUCAAGGAUCUGGCCAAGGCCAUGGGCCUGCUCUGCGUGGUCACCAAUUGCGGCGAGGGCAUGGACUACCGGGCCGUGGGCACCAUACUCUCGGGUUUGGUCCAAUGCGGCGCCUGGGGAUGCUUCGACGAGUUCAACAGGAUAGACAUAUCGGUGCUCAGUGUGAUUUCCACCCAGCUGCAGACCAUCAGGAAUGGUUUGAUAAGGAAAUUGGAUCGGUUUGUGUUUGAGGGCGUUGAGAUCCAUCUGGAUCCCAAAUGCGGCGUGUUUGUGACCAUGAAUCCUGGCUACGCUGGCCGCACGGAGCUGCCCGAGUCCGUGAAGGCUUUGUUCCGCCCCGUGACUUGCAUCAAACCCGAUCUGGAGUUGAUUUGCCUGAUCUCGCUCUUCUCCGACGGCUUCCUCACCGCCAAAGUGCUGGCCAAAAAGAUGACCGUAUUGUACAGCUUGGCGCAGGCGCAGCUAUCGAAGCAAUGCCAUUACGAUUGGGGAUUGAGAUCCCUAAACUCGGUGCUACGAAUGGCUGGCGUGAUGAAGCGCCAGUCGGAGGAUCUUCCUGAAGCUGUGGUCCUUAUGCGUGUCCUGCGUGACAUGAAUUUCCCCAAGUUUGUGUUCGAGGAUGUGCCCCUGUUUCUCGGGCUCAUCAAGGAUCUGUUUCCGGGCAUCGAUUGUCCUCGCAUCGGUUAUCCGGACUUUAAUGCCGCCACGCGUCAUGUGCUGGUCAACGAUGGCUACAUUCUGCUGCCCGAUCAGGAGGACAAAGUGGUGCAAAUGUACGAGACCAUGAUGACCCGGCACUCGACCAUGUUGGUGGGCCCAACAGGUGGCGGGAAAACGGUGGUCAUAAAUGCCCUGGUCAAGGCGCAGACCCACAUGGGCCUGCCCACCAAGUGCCUUGUGCUUAACCCCAAGGCCUGUUCCGUGAUUGAAUUAUACGGCUUUUUGGAUAUGGAAACAAGAGAUUGGAUUGAUGGAUUGUUUUCAAAUAUAUUCCGUGAAAUGAAUAAGCCCAUCGAGCGCGAGGAGCGACGCUACGCCUGCUUCGACGGAGAUGUGGAUGCCCUGUGGAUCGAGAACAUGAACUCGGUGAUGGAUGACAACAAGCUGCUGACGCUGGCGAACGGCGAGCGCAUCCGCUUGGAGAACUACUGUGCCCUGCUCUUCGAGGUGGGCAACCUGAACUACGCCUCGCCGGCCACAGUUUCCAGGGCAGGAAUGGUGUACGUGGACCCGAAGAACCUCCGAUACAGUCCCUACUGGCAGCGAUGGGUGCUCACCAGGCCAGAGCCUCAGCGGGAACUCCUCAACGAUUUCUUCGAGAAGAUCAUCACGCAGUCGAUAGCCUUUAUUUUGGAAGGCCUAGAUGGCACCACUCAGGGCAAUCCCCUAAAACUCGUAAUCAUGCAGACGGACCUCAACAUGGUCACGCAGUUCUGCAACCUCUACGAUGCCCUGCUGCCCAACUACGUGAUGGACAGCAAGAACUACGAUGAGCCAGUGCUGCAGACCUACAACACGGACAGCCUGGAGUGCUGUUUCCUGCAGGCCGUCUACGGCUCCAUGGGCGCCUGUCUGGUGGAGAAGCAUCAGCCCGUCUUCGAUGAGUAUAUGAAGCGCAUUUCCGGCUUCCCGCUCGUUCAGGACACGCCAGAGAAUCCCGCUUCGGGAGGACAAUUUCCACAGAGCAAGCCCACGUUGUACGACUACUUCUGGGACGUCAAGGAUAACGUUUGGAAGGCCUGGGAAUGGGUGGUGCAGCCGUACACCCACGACCCCCAGGUGAAGUUCAGCGAGAUCCUGGUGCCCACGGUGGACAACACGCGCACCAAUCGCACGCUGAGUCUGAUGAGCGAGAUCAAACGACCCGUUCUGCUUGUGGGCGAGGCUGGCACAUCAAAGACGGCCACCAUCAUGCAAUAUUUGCGCAAUCUCAAUCCGAGUGUCAACGUCAUACUCAAUAUUAAUUUUUCAUCGAGAACCUCGUCGCUGGAUGUGCAGCACACCCUGGAGGCGGCCGUGGAGAAACGCACCAAGGAUACGUACGGGCCACCGAUGGGCAAGAGAAUUGCCUGCUUUAUUGAUGACAUGAACAUGCCGCAGGUGGAUGAAUAUGGCACUCAGCAGCCAAUCGCCCUGCUGAAACUAUUCUUCGAGCGCGGCGGAAUGUACGACCGCGACAAGGAUCUCAACUGGAAGAAGUUCAAGGACCUCACCUUCUACGCAGCCAUGGGAACGGCGGGUGGCGGACGAAACGAGGUGGAUCCGCGGUUCAUCAGCAUGUUCUCCACCUACAACAUCAUAUUCCCCAACGAUGAGUCCCUCAUCCAGAUAUACUCCUCCAUCUUCAAGGGGCACAUGCGAUUUGUAAAGUUCCAGGAUCAGUACAUGAUGAUAGCCGACAUGAUUGUUCAUAUGACGCUGAAGCUUUUUAAGAUGGUGAUUGUGGACCUGCCGCCAACGCCCUCCAAGUUCCACUACAUAUUCAAUCUAAAGGAUCUGUCGCGCAUCUUCGCGGGCCUGCUGCUCAUCGAACCCACUUGCUUCAAGAACCUGAGGGACUUGAUUAGGGUCUGGCGCAACGAGUACACCAGGAUCAUAUGCGAUCGACUGAUAGCCGAUAAUGACAUAACAAACGUGAGACGCAAUCUGGCUGUUGAGGUGGCGGAUCGUUUUCCCCCUUCCUUCGAGGAGGAGCAUGGCUUUAUUGAUGCAGCCGCCGCGGAGGCGGAGGCACAGGCUCGCCUGCUCUAUGAACCCUCCAAGGCGGACUUCGAUGUCGGCGAGGAAGAGGGCGAAGAGGAGGAGGAGGGCGAGGAGGCACCACAGGUGAUCCUGUCCCUGAAAGACUAUGUCCUGCGGGAUCCCCUGCUUUUCGGCGAUUUCCGGAACUUUACCAACGAAUCAGAGGCCCGCUUGUACGAGGAUCUCUUAGACUACAACUCGGUUUACUUCCUGUUCACCGAGAUCCUAGAGGAGUACUGCGAACGUAAGCAGAAAAUGACGUUGGUCCUGUUCGAGGACUGCCUGGAGCAUUUGACUAGAGUCCAUCGCACGUUGCGCAUGAAUCGCGGCCAUGUGCUGCUCAUUGGAGUCGGCGGCAGUGGCAAGAAGUGCAUCACCCGGCUGGCCGCUUUUGCCGCCGAAUGCGAUGUCUUCGAGAUCACCAUUUCUCGUGGCUACAAUGAGGCCGCCUUCCGCGAGGACCUCAAAGUUCUUUACACCAUAGCGGGUGUGAAGCGGAAGAAGGUCGUCUUCUUAUUCACAGGAGCUCAGGUGGCCGAGGAGGGUUUCCUUGAGUUGAUCAACAACAUUCUGACGGUUGGUCAAGUGCCGGCCUUGUUCCCCGACGAGGACAAGGAUGGAAUUGUCAACCAAGUGCGCAAGUUCGCCGAAGAGGAUGGGGUGUCAGCUUCCAAAGAUGCCGUUUGGGGCUACUUCCUGCGCACCUGUGCCGAAAACCUGCACGUGGUCCUAUGCAUGUCUCCGGCUGGCGAUGCAUUGCGCAAUCGUUGCCGCAACUUCCCGGGCCUCAUUGGCAGCACCUACAUCGACUGGGUGUUCCCGUGGCCCCGCCAGGCUCUGUACGCCGUGGCCAAGCUCUUCCUGACCGAGCACCAUCUGAUUCCGGCCAACCAUCGCGAUGCCAUCGUCGAGCAUGUGGUCCAUGUGCACACCACCAUACAGCAGUACUCCAAGGACUAUCUGGCCAAACUGAGAAGAAACAACUUUGUGACACCCAAGCACUAUUUGGACUAUAUAAACACUUAUAGAGGAUUGUUGGAGGAGAAGGCCAAAUUUAUCACCCAGCAACGUUCGCGUCUCGGUGAAGGAAUCAAAAAGAUCGAAGAGGCUUCCGUCCAAAUCGACGAACUGCGGAUUAUUGUCACUGAACAGAAGAAGAACGUGGCUGUGGCCUCGGAGGAGUGCGAGGCCAUGCUGGUCACCAUCGAGUCAUCCACGCAAAAGGCCAACGUCAAAAAGGCAGAGGCAUCGGAAAAGUCCGUUGAGGUGGAGAUCAAGGGCAAGCAGAUUGCCAUCGAAAAGGACGAGGCCGAGGAGAUCCUGGCGGAGGCGAUGCCGGCCCUCGAGGAGGCCAGAUUGGCGCUAUCGCAGCUGGAGAAAGCACAGAUUACCGAGAUCCGAUCCUUUGCCACUCCUCCAGCCGCCGUGCAAGUGGUUUGUGAGUGUGUGGCCAUUCUAAAGGGCUACAAGGAGAUCAAUUGGAAGAGUGCCAAGGGAAUGAUGAGCGACGUGAACUUCCUGAAGAGCCUGAUGGAAAUGGAUUGCGAGGCGUUGACGCAAAAGCAGAUAACCCAGUGUCGGCAGCACAUGAAGACCGGGAACCUGGAUGACAUGGGCAAGAUCUCUGUGGCUGGAGCAGGAUUACUCAGGUUCGUCCGAGCUGUCCUAGGGUUCUUUGAUGUGUAUAAAGAGGUCAAGCCGAAGAAGGAACGAUUGGACUUCCUGGUCGAGGAGCAAGAUGUACAGAUCAAGCUGCUCAAUCACCUGAACGGCGAGAUCCAGAAGCUGGAGGAGAAGCUCGCCCAAUUGAACGAGAACUAUGCCACGUCCAUGAAGCAGAUGCGCGCCCUCACCGAAAUGAUGCAGCAGGCGGAACGCCGCCUGAUUGCCUCCGACAAGCUGAUCAGUGGCUUGACCUCCGAGUUGAUCCGCUGGAGCAAGGAGAUGGCCAGCCUGGGACAGCAGCUCAUCGACAGCGUGGGCGUCUGCCUGAUCAGCGCCUCGUUUUUGGCCUACACAGGCGCCUUUACCUGGGAAUUCCGCAAGGCGAUGGUCUUUGACGAUUGGCUGGAGGACAUUGUGGCCCUGGGAAUUCCCAUCCAACUGCCCUUCAGGAUCGACGGCUAUCUGACCACCGAUGUGGAGAUCUCACAGUGGAGCAACGAGGGCCUGCCUCCAGAUGAGCUGUCUAUCCAGAACGGCAUCCUCACCAUGCGCGCCUCCCGCUUUCCGCUCUGCAUUGAUCCCCAGCUGCAGGCGCUGCAGUGGAUCCGCAAAAGGGAGUUCAGGAAUAACCUUAAAGUUCUCUCCUUCAGCGACUCUGAUUUCCUAAAGCAGCUGGAAAUGGCCAUUAUGUAUGGAACACCCGUUCUCUUCGAGGAUGUGGAUGAUUACAUAGACCCCGUGAUCGACGACAUCCUGCAGAAGAACAUACGCGUUCAGGGUGGUCGCAAAUUCGUCAUGCUGGGUGACAAGGAGGUGGACUGGGAUCCCGGCUUCCGAGUCUAUUUGACCACCAAGUUCUCCAAUCCCAAGUUCGAUCCGGCUGUGUAUGCCAAGGCGCUGGUGAUUAACUACACGGUGACGCAGACGGGAUUGGAGGAUCAGCUGCUGAGCGUGGUGGUGGGCACCGAGCGACCGGAUCUGGAGGCCCAGCGCGAAUCCCUGAUCGCCCAGACCAGCGAGAAUAAGCAGCUGCUGCAGCAACUGGAGGACUCCCUGCUCCGCGAGCUUUCCACCUCGACGGGCAACAUGCUGGACAAUGUGGAACUGAUAGAGACGCUGGAGAACACGAAGACCAAGGCGGGCGUCGUCAUGGAGCAGCUGAAACUGGCGGCGGAUACGGCGGCGGACAUUGAGGUGCUACGAAAUGGAUACCGGCCGGCGGCCAAACGUGGAGCCGUACUAUUCUUUGCCCUCUCGGACAUGGCCACCGUGAAUAGCAUGUAUCAGUAUGCCCUGGCCGCCUAUCUGGACGUCUUCGUCUACUCCCUGCGAAAAGCUGUGCCGGAUGCUAGUCUCAACAAGCGGCUGAAUAACAUCAUCAAGACGCUGACGGAGAAUGUCUACUGCUACGGCUGCACGGGCAUCUUUGAGCGGCACAAGCUGUUGUUCUCCUUCCAAAUUGCCACCAAACUGGCCCAGCGGGACGGCAUCCUGCUGCAGUCCGAGCUGGACUUCUUCAUCAAGGGCAGCAUCGCGUUGACCAAGAGCGAGCGCGCCAAUCCGUGCAAGUGGCUGAGCGACAAGAGCUGGGAGGAUGUGCUCAAGUUGGCCUUCGAUUUCCCGGCGACUUUCGGCGACCUACCAGACCACUUUGGUCGUUUCCUGGCUGAGUGGAAGGAGUGGUUCGACUUGGAGAAUCCUGAGGAGGUGGCAUGUCCGGGCGACUACAACAUCAAAUGCAAUGCAUUCCAGAAAUUAAUGUUCCUGCGCUGCUUCCGUGUGGAUCGCAUCUUCAGGAGCAUAAAUCAAUAUAUCGUCGAAACGAUGGAUGAGUUCUAUAUAAUGCCGCCGGUGGUGAGCUUCACGGCCAUCUUCGAACAGACCUCCAGCACGAUUCCCGUGUGCUUUGUCCUGAGUGCCGGCUCGGAUCCCACCAAUGAUUUGAUCAAGCUAGCGGACUCCAUUGUCGGCAUGUCCAACUUCUGUCACAUUUCGCUGGGUCAGGGCCAGGAAAAGGCCGCCUUGCGACUGCUGGACGCGGCCAUCAAACAGGGAAUGUGGCUGAUGCUGCAGAACGGACACCUGCUGAUCAGAUUCGUCCGGGAGCUGGAGAAGUAUCUGGACCGCAUCGAGAAUCCGCAUCCGGACUUUAGGCUGUGGAUAACCACGGAUCCUACACCCACGUUUCCUAUUGGAAUUCUGCAAAAGUCUCUAAAGGUGGUCACCGAGCCACCCAAUGGUCUCAAGCUGAAUCUGCGCUCCACGUACUUCAAAGUGCGUCAGGAGCGCCUCGAGAGCUGCUCGCAUGUGGCUUUCCGACCGCUGGUCUAUGUGCUGGCCUUCUUCCACGCCGUCGUCCAAGAGCGUCGCAAGUACGACAAGCUGGGCUGGAAUAUAGCGUACGAUUUCAACGACACGGACUUCGAGGUGUGCACCGAAAUCCUGCGCACCUACCUAACCCGCUGUGGCACCGGGAAAAUACCGUGGAACAGUUUGAAAUACCUAAUUGGCGAGGUGAUGUAUGGAGGACGGGUCAUCGAUGACUUUGACCGGCGCAUAACCAACUGCUACAUGAACGAGUAUAUGGGUGAUUUCCUCUUUGAUGAGUUCAAGGUAUUCCACUUUUACGAGGACGAGAACGUGGACUAUUGCCUGCCGGAAGAGGAGACCAUCCUGAAAGAGGACUAUAUAGCGCACAUCGACAAACUGCCGCUGGUCAACAAGCCGGAUGUAUUUGGUUUGCAUCCGAACGCGGAAAUCGGUUAUUACACAAUGGCGGCACGCAACAUUUGGAACAGUUUGAUUGAGCUGCAGCCGCAGACGGGUGAGGGAACUGGAGGCAUCAGCCGCGACGACUUCAUCGACUCGGUUGCAGCGGGAAUACUAAAGAAAUUACCUCCCGCCUUCGAGACAUGGCGCAUCCGCAAACAGAUCCAGAUGAGCCUGUCACCCACCGGUGUGGUCCUGCUCCAGGAGCUGGACCGCUUUAAUCUGCUGGUCGUGCGGAUCAAGAAGACGCUGGAGCUGCUCCGCAAGGCCAUUGCCGGCGAAAUCGGCAUGGACAAUGUGCUGGACAACAUUGCCAACUCGUUGUUCAAUGGCCUCCUGCCAGCCGCGUGGAGCAAGUUGGCGCCGGCGACAUGCAAACAGUUGGCCAGCUGGCUGGAGCAUUUGCGGCUCCGGGCCGUGCAAUACAAAUACUGGACGCUUUCAGGGGAGCCCCUGGUCAUGUGGCUGUCGGGACUGCAUAUACCGCAGAGUUAUCUCACGGCCCUGGUGCAGAUUGCCUGUCGCCGCAACGCCUGGCCGCUGGAUCGUUCCACGCUUUUCACCUACGUAACCAAGUUUGCGGACCCCGACGAUGUGGAGGAGCGUCCUGUGACGGGCUGCCUGGUGCACGGUCUGUACAUCGAGGGCGGGCGCUUUGACUUGGCCGCUAAUCAGCUGGCGCGCUCCCAUCCCAAGAUCCUGGUCGAGGAGCUGGCCAUUCUCGCCGUGGAGCCCAUCGAGGCGCAUCGUCUCAAGCUGCAGAAUACUUACCUUGCCCCGGUUUAUACGACUUCGCUGCGCAGAAAUGCCAUGGGCGUGGGCCUGGUCUUUGAGGCCAAUUUGGCCACCUCCGAGGAUCUGAGUCACUGGAUUCUACAGGGCGUCUGUCUAACCCUAAAUACAGACACCUAAGACUUUUCAUUUACUUGAAGACUGAACAUUAAUUCAUAGUAUUUCAUUUUAAUAGAAUUAUUUGUAACACAUUCCAGUACUUCCAAAAACAUCGUAAAAAUAUAUGUUCACAAAAAAGUUGUAAAUAAAA